UGUCGCCAAAUGACGCACUACCAGGGAGGUUUGAAAGCUGUAGUAAACGUACUAGCAGGUUUUGGCGGAUAAAAUUUAUAUUAAACUGAAGGUAAAGGGUUUUUCUUGCCGGUUGUGCAAAAAGUGCGGUGUGAGAUGUUGGUUUUUCGCGUAGUUUGAGGACGGAACGUGGCGGAGAAAACACAAAAAUGAGUCCACAUUUCCCUCCGUAGAGCAGAGCGGCGCUGGUGUUGACUCUCCACGGUUCUCAUGUGCCUUAUAAGUCCCGCCGCCUGCGCUCUUGGAGUUAACUCGUUUCCAACGACACUUCCAGACAGCAAACAUGGCAGAAGAAGCACCAGCAGCAGCAGCCGCGGCCGGACCGUCCAAAGCCCAGGCCAAGCCCGCCAGGAAGAAGACGGCGGCCUCCAAGGCGAAGAAAAGCUCUCCCAAUAUCGCCGAUGCGGUCUUGAAGGCGGUGAAAGAAAGCGGGGACCGCAAAGGGACAUCCAUGGCAACCAUCAAGAAAGCCAUCGCAGCGAUGGGGAUCGACCUGGACAAGAGCAACAAGCGCGUCAAUUCCACUGUGUGCAGACUAGUGACGAACGGUGAUUUGAUCCAAGUCAAAGGCUCUGGCGCGUCUGGGUCCUUCAAACUUCCGAAGGAGGCCGAUACUAAGACGAAAGUGGUUAAGAAGGUCGCCAAAAAAGCCGCCGCUAAAAAACCAGCCGCGAAGAAAUCAACGGCCGCCAAGAGAGUGGCAAAGCCUAAGAAAGCCACCACUCCCAAGAAGAAGGCAAAGGCACCUGCCAAGAGCCCCAAAAAGGCCAAGAAACCUGCGGCUAAGAAGUCUCCUGCGAAGAAAGCAGUUGCCAAGAAACCAGCGAGAAAGCCACCAACCAAUAGAGGAUCACCCAAAAAGGCCACGGCCAGAAGGGCGAAGAAGUAAAUGUGUUAAACUGCACAUUACUUCAACCAAAGGCUCUUUUAAGAGCCACCACAACUUCUACUUAAGAGCAUUUCCCAGCUGUGACACGAACAUUUACUAUAUAUUUUACAAAUCCCCUCUAUCAAGUUGUACAUGCACUAGAGCCAAUAUAAUCACUCAAAACUUACACAUAUUUGUCCAGGCGUGUUACACUUAACCCUAACAACUACGCCAUAACACUAUAUUCCGUCAUUGAUUUUUUUUCAUUACCUUAC